AUGAAGGGAAUAUUUAUUGAAAACGAAAGAAAUGAGUCCUUCAGAGAGCAUCAAAUCUCCUGCACAAUUAUUUUUGCUUUUAACCCGAUGCCGGCAUACGUGAUAUCUGUUACAAAUGCAAUGCAGUUAGUUUUCGACUCAGAAAAUCCACACUUCACAAAACUAGUUCAGCUUUCCCAAAAUGUAUAUGGAAAAAAGUUGACUAAAUUAUUUUGUUUAAGUGCUUUCUUUUCAGAGCCAUCAAUUCCAACAGGAAGAAAGAUCUCCUAUCGAAAUCCAAUCUCUCGUCUGCUUCAGUUGAAUGGUUAUUUAAUGCACCUUUACCCGCCCUUGUUCGGCUCUUGUAUUUCAAUUCUAACACCAUUUUUUAUUUAUGAUAAUAGCAUAUGCACUGCAAUCGCUUAUAUUCCUUUAGAGUUAGUAAAUAACUGUUUGCUCACAAUAACACCAGAUGGAAAGGAAAAAAUCGACGCAGCAAAGUGUAUAGACAGAGGUGCUGGUUGCAGCAACUCGGUCAUUUAUUUGUGCAUGAAACCAAAACAUUGGACAUCAGAGAAGUUAACUUUUAACUUUAUAACACCAAAACAACGGUCCAAUAUUCGAAUGAUGAAGACGUAUAGAUGGAGACCUAGUGAUAGUGGUGUAGUGAAACAUCAUAUACAGAGUAAUACAAUGAACAAUAUUAGAGCUAUCAAUCAACCUUUACUAGUUGCUAUGGGGUUACAUAAUUUAUUUGUAUUUUUACGACACCUUAAAAGCUUUGUCGAUGUGGACAACCCUAAAACAGAAGAGGAAUAUAAUGCACCAUCAUUAAAAGCUCAAAUGUUUUAA